ACAGAUAAUUUCGUUAGUUAAAAUUCACCGCAUUUGCUCAUAUCAAUAAAAGAAAUCUAUAUUUAAUCACAAUUAACUUGUCACUAAAUUAAUUACUUGUCAAAUAAAUUUUUUUCUAAAUUGUCAAAUGGCCUGGGCCGGACAAUAAAAUGCAUGGACUGGCCUGGCAGAAACUGAGCUAGGACUAGCCCGUGAACAGUCAGGGCCGAGGCCGGUCCGCAGACCGAAGAAUUCUUACCAUUCAUUGACUAUUGAAGCUUAGCUCAAGAUUUUAUGAAUAUGAGCUGCAUUUCUUAGGACAGAGUCAGUUGAAGGCUACAAGCUUGUUAGGUUAAGACGAACAGGCUUCCACAAUCGGCCAAGUGCUACUUCCGUACUUCAAGUUUCCAAAUCUUGAGGUUGAAACAUCUGCUGGAAAUUCACAUUAUUUUUCUAACAAUUCUAGAACCAACAUUCAAUCAGACAAACGUGUACGAAGAAAUAUAUAGGUUAUGAUAAGAUUUAAAAGAAACUACUGAGAAACGACGGAGUCUUCUUCCAUCAACUUGUAAUAAAUAAACAACUGCAUCAUUUUCUCUCUUUCUUCUAAUAAGAAAAAGGCCAAAGACUUCCCAGAUUCCCCUGGAUAUUUCGCGUUUGAUUUGCCAGACUCUAACCACAUUAAUUCCCAGGAAACUUCUCUUAUUUUACCUCAGAGCCAGAACUUCCAAGAAAACCAGUUGGCAUUUCUCACGAGAGAGGUCUUUUUAUCAACAUGGUUGUACUAAGACUUCCUGCUCCAAUUACUACAAGCUAUUCCAGGUUUCCUUAACGGGUUCCAGGCUGGGCUCAGACACAAUGUCUAGGAUUUACGACAACUGGGAGAGGCUGGUGGGAACCGUACUAAGUAGGGAGAAGCUCAGGCAACUUGCACUAGAGCACUCAAGGAGCCCAACUGUCAGUUCAACAUCGUCUAGUUUCAGUUUCAGUUCGAGUUCUCCCCUAGAUGAAACGUACUGGAGGUUGCAGACAAAGGAGAAAUUCAUAGAGAAACCUUUUGGAAGACUCGUACCUGUAGCAGACACGUUAGAUUUUGCAGUUGGUCUAGAAGAUGUGUUGGGGCCUUCUUCCAAGUUUAUUGGGAAGGGAACUUUUGGAAGUACUUAUAAGGUAGCUAUGGAUAACGGAGUUGUGGCUGUCGUGAAGAGAUUGAGAGGAGUGGUAGUCCCGGGACGAGUAUUUGAGGAGCAGAUGAAGGCUAUUGGGAGCAUCAGGCACCAAAAUGUGGCUUCACUAAGGGCAUACUACUUCUCCAUGUACGAAAAACUCAUAGUAUACGACUAUUUUGGUCAAGGAAGCGUGUUGACAAUGCUACAAGGAAGCGGAGGUGAAAAUUCCAAUCCACUAGACUGGGAAACCACACUAAGAGUAGCAAUAGGUGCAGCAAGAGGGAUCACUCAUCUUCAUGAAAAAUUUGGAGAAAAGAUAGUCCACGGGAACAUUAAAGCGUCCAAUGUUUUUCUAAACUCUGAAGGGUAUGGGUGCAUAUCUGAAUUUGGGUUGCCUUACAUGAUGAGAGCAUCAGUAGUCAGAAAAACAGCUGGAAAUUACGACCCAGUAAUCAAGUUUUCACGUCAAGUGUCCCAAGCAUCUGAUGUCUACAGUUUUGGGGUUCUCCUACUAGAACUGCUCACCAGAAAGUCUCACAGAUACUACACUGAUGGUUCCCAGUUUGACUUAGUCCAGUGGGUUCAUUAUGUUGUGAGCAAGGAACAGCCUGUGGUGAUUUCUGAGGAAGAACUCACAAAGUAUCCUAAUGUGGAGGAACAGAUGGUGAAGAUGCUAAGAAUAGGGAUGAGUUGCUUGCAUGCAGUCCCAGAGCACAGACCUAAGAUGUUUGAAGUAGUUAACCUGUUAGAGGAUAUACAAAAAGCCAACAUACCAAUAGCCAUACCACCUAAUGCAACUGAGGAUAGACUAAGAUUGGGGGAGAUCACACAAUUUGAGUAUUCAAAACUAAAAGAGUUUCUGUCAUUUAAACUAACCUCCAGCGAAGUUGAGACCACACAUACCCUAAAGGAUGACAAGCCUGAAGAAAGGACUAGGAAUAGGGAUAGUAGUAGAGACAAGAUAUCACCAGAGUCACAUGCUGUUCAUCAGACCUUCGAAGGUGCUGUGCGUCAAGGAUAUGUUAAUGAAAUAGAAAAGUAUUAAAUACCAAUGUUAAUCUGUUGGCCUGAAACAUAAAGAAUGGGGCAUUGGAUG